UCUUUGCCAUGGGCAGUCGUGAUUAAUUGUUUUUAUUUGGAUAACUUAAAGACUUUUUGAGAUUACCAAAAAUUAAAGGAGAAAUGUCGUCUAAUGAAAUAAAUGAGACACUUACAAACGUCUCAAAAACUUUUCUUGAAGAAAAAUGGAACGGAUUUGUUGACAAAACGAGCGAUGACCCCUUCAUAAUGUGGAUUUUUGGAAUGAACGGUGCAAUGUUCGUAAUUUAUUGGAGUAUCGGAAUGAUUUACAUGGUGUUUGACACAUACAACUUUGCUUUUCUAAAAAAAUAUAAGACGCAACCUGGAAAGAAUGAGCCCGUUGAUUGGAUUAAAUUACGUAAAGUCAUCAAGCGCGUAAUUUACAAUCAAACAGUUGUUGCGCUCUUGUACACGACAUUCAUGUAUCCAAUACUUGUUUGGCGUGGAGGCCCUCUUAUGACAAUUCGUGAAAUUCCAACGUUUAGUCGGCUUGCCAUCGAUUUCAUCGGAUGCAUGUUCUUCCGUGAAAUUUCCUUCUAUUACUCACAUCGGUUGCUGCAUCAUCGACGAUUUUACGAGAAACAUCACAAAAGGCAUCACGAAUAUACAGCUCCUGUCGCAGUAACGGCGCAAUAUGCCGACGCCAUGGAGCAUUGUUGGAGCAAUUUAAUGCCCGUUUUGUUGGGACCUGCAGUAAUGGGCGCACAUUACUUCACAACAUUUGUGUGGCUUUCUCAUGUGAUACUUCGAACUUUAAGCGAUCAUUCGGGAUAUUACUUUCCAUGGUAUUACAAUCCAACAAGACACGAUUAUCAUCAUGAAAGCUUUACGAAACAUUAUGGCGUUGAGUUUUUCGGUUUUAUGGAUUGGAUACACGGCACUGGCGGCGAAAAGAAGAUGAAAAUGAAAUAGUUUGUCGUGAAAAAUAGUGAAAAAAAUGUGAUUUUUUAUAGAGAGAUUAAUAAAAUUUUGUAACAACUAA